AGUAGAUUUACCCGUCUACCUUCCCAACGAGCGAGAGGAGUGAAGAGAGUCUGCGCGUUUCUUACAGUUUUGUUUAGCUCGAAGCGUAAUGAGCUGUAAUCGAAAAUUGUUUUGCGCGUAAAUCUGGUGGUUGGCCAGAACUGUAUAGACUAAUAAUUCAACUAAAAACUGUGUAUGAAUUAAACGACAGAAUUCUACUGAAGAAACUGAACCCCGAAGACCUAGCAAUAUCGCCUUCGCUUUUAAAUAUUAUGUUCGGAGUGAAUGAAACUAUCCGUUGGUUAGAGAGUGUUGUGAUCGGGAGGAAUGGACGCGCGCAGAAGUGAUGGACACUCUGUGGACAGAUCCUCAAAGAAAAGGCACUGCAAGUUUUUCACGAUAAACAAAGUUGCUGUUGCCCGAUCCCUGUGCCUGGGCUCAGGGUUCAAGGGCGGGACUGUCUGAACAUGCUUUCAAACAAAUCAUGCGAGAACAUUACCAAUAUCGAUGUGAAUGGGAAUCUGGUGUUAAGCACUGUGAUGUUCAUCGCUGGGGUGGUGGGCAACCUGAUGGCUUUGGCUAUCCUGGGAGUCCACCGAAAAGAGCAUCGCACCAAGUCUUCGGUCUUCUGCAUUCUUGUGACAGGUCUGGCGUUGACAGAUCUGCUGGGAACAUGUUUGCUCAGUCCACCGGUUUUCAUCUGCUAUGCCCAAAGAAAAUCCCUGGUUGGUCUUACGGGAGAUUGGUGGCUGUGCUGGCUCUUCGCCUUUGCCAUGACAUUCUUCGGCUUGGCCUCUAUGCUCAUACUGUGUGCAAUGGCGGUGGAGCGGUGCCUCGCCAUCAGUCACCCAUAUUUCUACUCUAAACACGUGCGGCGCAGCUUUGCCAAGAUCGUCCUCUUCCUCAUCUAUCUCUUUACCUUUAUGUUCUGCUUGCUGCCAUUCUUUGGAUAUGGACAGCACAAGCAGUACUGCCCAGGCACGUGGUGCUUCAUCAAGAUGGAGGUAGAAGGAGAGAGUGAGGAUGAGAAGAGGAGAACGCUGACCUUCUCACUGUCCUACGCUGUGCUAAUGGCGCUGCUCAUCGCCAUUGUGUUCUUGUGCAAUGGUUCAGUCAUCGUCAGCCUAUGCCGCAUGCACAGGAGCCAGCUGACACGUCGGGGAUCAGUGGUGUCAGCUGGACGAAAGAGGAGGCUGAGCACCUGGUUUGGACAGGGAGAGGAGGAAAUGGACCACUUACUGCUGCUGGCCUGCAUGACUUUCAUCUUUGUCAUUUGCUCCUUGCCGCUUUCUAUCUGUGGCUUUGUGAAUGCUAUUAGCCCGGUUGGGAAUGAUGAGCUGAACCUAAUGGCUUUCCGGUUCUAUGCAUUUAACCCCAUCUUGGACCCCUGGAUCUUUAUCAUCUUCCGUAAGGCGAUCUUUCACCACAUCCGGGCAUUCUUCCGCUGCUGCUUCCCCAGAGACUCAGUGAAGACCGCAGCUCAAAACUCCCUGUCCCUCCCCAUGGAGGCUGGAGAUGCCAAACACAGCUCCAACAUCCAGACUAAGAAACUUAGUCUACUGCAGCCUCCCCCAGUGAAGCCUUGAUGAUCAUGGAUGCACUUAUGAUGGCGUGUAAUGAGAUUUAAGAAGGACAAUGAGACCUAGAAGCCUGAAAACACUGCUUCAAUGUACCUUGUGGUACUAAGAACCAAAUAUAAAAGCAUGGAUGUCAAAGGACCCGUUUUCUUCUCCAUUGGCGAUGGAUGGGAAAUAUUUUGUAAAUAUGUGCACCAAUACUCAUCACUAAACAGGCUCUUUUGUGCAAGUAAACCACAGAAGUUGACAAAUGAAAAGAGUAUAAAGACAAAAAACCAAUGUCCAAUGGACCAACGUCCAUUUGGGGAACUGGCACAUACCACAAGUGUACCAAUAAACACCAAGCAUAGGACAUCAUGAACUAUGAGAAGAUGAAGCUGACCACCAACUUGCUCAGUAAUAGACUAAUGGAAGGGGAAGCCUUCAUUUAUAGCAGAGCCACUGAAUAUAUUAAAAGUUAAUAACCACAUGCAACAAGAUAUGGGGUGGAAAACACUUAGCAUAUAUCACUAUAACGCUUUAAAGGUUAACGUCCUUCUAAAACCAGCACAGUUUUAUGCAAACCCAAACUGCAGUGCCCAGGGUUUGCUCUGUGACAAAAUAUGUGCUGGACUGUUACAGCUGUCUCAUUAAAUAUUCAUACAGCUUGGUUUGUUUUCAUAAUCUGAAGGAAGCAGUUAAAGCAUCAAACAGUGAAGGUGAUUGCAUUAACUCAUGAAGAAACAUUUCCACAGAAGUUAUUAAAGAGCUUAUUAAUCGUUGUUCAUACAUUUUCAGCAAAUUAGAUGACAUGUACAAUUUAAAACAAUUCAGAAUUUAUUCAACAUAAAAAAAGUGAGAAACAAAGUUGAAUAUAACUACUAAAUAUUGUAGAAAUAUAUAAAUAAACUUGAAUUCAAUUGAAUUAUUGAUACCAGGUAACAAUUUCAGAUGUUUAAAGAUGUUAAAAGAAUAAUUGGUAUUAACUCAUACUAGAUAUAAUACCAAGUGCUUUUGGAAGAGCGCAAUUGUUGAAAAUAAAAAAAAUUACAUUUCAUUUAUUUCAUAGAGGUAUGCAUGAAUAGCUCGUUUAAUUUAACUGUAAUAAUUUAAUGUACAUAAUAAAAAUAAAUGACUGUAAGAUCAUAACCAGGUGCGAUUUUAACAAAUAGCUGUGUCGUUUAGGAGUUUAGACCAAUAAGAUUGCACCCUGGGCGGGGCUCCCCAGCCACUAAAAUAGAAAACAAGCGAUCAGCUUGAUUAGAACAAAAUUUUACAUUAAAGAGAUGGCUUCUAUCUCUAGAUUCUUUAGCAUGUCAUGUUUGUUAGUAUAUGAUGUUAGAGGAAAGACUUCUGUAUAGUGUAAAUACAUUUGACCAUACAGUAUGUUUCUAAUUCAGUUGAUGUAUACAGUUUAAACUAUUAUUAACACAAUGCAUGUUUUCUUCCAUAUUUGCUUUCAAAGACUGAUAUCACCCUAAAUGUUUCAUUCACAAACAUGAAUAUCUGUCUUAAAAAUACAUACAUACAGUAAGGUACGUUGUAUGAUUACUGAAAACAUUUAUAUACUCUGUUUGAAGCUAUCUGCAGCUAAAACUGCCGCCGCUAUAGUACAUUGGUCUGUUACAAAACAUGAAUACCAAAAAUGGACAGUUUCAUGCUUUACUAGGGUCAUUCUCAGGAAACAUUGCAAGAAAAUAAAUUUUCAUUUCAUUUGAAAAUUUUACUCUGCAACCUUAAAGAAAUCAUAAUUUCCCACCUUAGACCCGAAUUGUUAUUUAGCUAUAAUUUUGUCAAAUUGUUAUUAGUUAUUUAUUAUUUACUAGCUCUAUGGCUAAACAUAAAGUGAUAAUUUAUUUUCCAGGUGAAAAAACAAUUGCACUUCAUAAUGUAUUAAAGUUCUGUAUUUUUGCGCACAAAUUUUGUACUUAAGGGAUAGUUCACUCUCAAAUAAAAUUUUGAUAUGUUUUAGCUUACCUCAAGGACAUCCAAGAUGUAGGUUUCCUCAGUA